GAUAUAUUCUUUCAUGUGAUGAAUUCAUUCAGGAUCCCAUGACGUGUAUUUGCUUUCUGUAGGAAUGUACGCAGUAGUGGAGGCCUGUCUCCGGUACCAGUCCUUCUGCUCAGACCUAGAUCCGUCCCGGUACUUCUCCUCCCACCCCGACCCGUCCCGGCCCUUAAUAUAGUCGGUGAAUGCCUUCUUGACACUCAGUUACGUGACGAAAUUUUAGCAGAGAACAUCUCAGCUUAGAACAUAAUAUCAAUCAACCACUACUAGAUUUUACACCUGGAGUCAGGAUGAAAUUCAAGAACUUAUUUAGUCUCUCUUCUCGACGAUCCACAGUUGGAAGACUAGGAAGCGAUAUCCUGGAUUUCCAGGCACAAUAUAAGCUUAAAGGAAUCCUAGGAAAAGGCGGGUUCGGAGUUGUCCAUGCUGGAAUUAGGAAAAGCGACGGAAUGCAAGUUGCUGUCAAGGAAGUUACCAAAGAAAAGGUUCUGGAAUAUACAGUAGAUGAUAAAGUUCCUCUGGAGAUAGCUCUGAUGCAGCAGGUCUCCGAUGUACCUGGAGUAAUCCGUCUUAUAGAUUAUUUUGACAUGAGCCACAGCUACUAUAUUGUGAUGGAGAGGUUUAACAGUAAGGAUCUAUUUGAUUUUAUCAGUGAAGAAGGACCACUUGGAGAAAACCUGGCAAGACAUCUAUUCCGUCAGGUUCUUGAUACAGUGAGUCAGUGUCAUAACCGUGGUGUUCUACAUAGAGAUAUAAAGGAUGAAAAUAUAUUAAUAGAUCUCCAAACUCAUCAACUUAAAAUUAUAGACUUUGGAUCUGGGACCUAUCUCCAUGAUGCGGUUUAUACAGACUUUGAGGGAACCCGUGUCUACAGUCCUCCGGAGUGGAUCAAAUAUAGAAGAUAUAAAGCGGACGGAUUAACCGUCUGGUCUCUAGGUAUCCUUCUCUAUGAUAUGCUCUGUGGUGAUGUACCCUAUGAGACGGAUGAGCAGAUCUUGAACGCGGAGCUGGUUUGGUUUCCACAGCUUAACCUUUCACAAGAAGCAAAGAACCUGAUCAGACUCUGUCUCAACCCAGACCCAGAGUCAAGAAUAACCCUACAACAAGUGUUAAACCAUACCUGGAUAAACGCCAGUGCUCCACAACCCGUCCCGACCAACCAGAACAAGAACGGGAACCUUAACACUGUCUCCGAGUGCAGCGAGAGUUCGAGUUCUUCCAUGGAUUCGAACAUGAUGUCUGUUUCUCUGUGACCUUAUCAAUAUCAUAAUUAUAAUAAUUACAAAUAUUUAUUCUA